CCACUUCUCAGCUGACAUGAUUUGGAUAAAAGAAAAAAGAGCACACGAAACCAUUUAUAAGCGACACGCGCCAAACAUAUUAGCCAGUUGAUAGACUUGAGAUCAUCAAGCUCUUGCUAUUCGCUGACAAAACAGCAUUUGGCCGAUAAGUACUUCAUCAGUUUUUCUCUUGCUAACUUCAGUAAGACGAACUAAAUCAAAUCCUGGUAAAAAAAUUUCGACCGUUGGGCUUGACCGUUGAAUUCAAAUUCCUGUGAGUCUUUUGGAAGUCCAGAUAAAGAGACAGUGCGAGACAUCCUUGGAAUAUAAAUAACCAUCCACUGAGGUCACUUAAAGUCCGGAGAUGCCUCGAUCAUUUCUCGUUAAGUUGAAAAAGAAUUGCUGUGCCUCGCCCUGGGAAGACGGAGGAUCUGUAAUCCCAAGCGAAUCUUCACUGAUGUGGGAACCAAUUCGAGUGGAAAUCGAACCAGCACAAGUAUUCAAGCCAAUCAAGUUGGAUCUCCACACGCUAGACCCGGCGUGCUUAACUGGAAAAGGACAGUUCCUACCAAAGUCUCAUUUCUUCAAUCCGUACACUUUUAAUCCAUUCCAGUUAAGUCCCAACUGCCACGACUACAGUCCUGAAAUCUCACCCUUCAGUCGAAGCUCUUCCAUUUUUGACAGCCACAGACCUAUCUCUCCAGAUUUCGACGGCUCGCUGGUGCCUUCUCCAACGAAAAGCGACGAUGGCUUUCCUAGAGCAAGCAUCUUCGUUCCUGGGAGCACGUUUCUGGAUUCCAAGGCUGAAAGACAGGAAGAAAAUUUACCAACACUUGGCUCAAACGCGGUUGCUGUUGGACGAAAAAGACGAAAUGGUGUACCAAAAACUUUUACUUGUGAAGUGUGCGGGAAAGUCUUCAAUGCGCACUAUAACCUGACACGUCAUAUGCCCGUGCAUACCGGUGCCAGACCAUUCAAAUGCAAGAUUUGUGGAAAAGGCUUCCGACAAGCGAGUACACUAUGCCGGCACAAGAUCAUCCACACCAAGGAAAAACCUCAUAAGUGUAACAUCUGUGACAAGGCUUUUAAUCGGUCAUCAACUUUGAACACCCAUAUUCGAAUUCAUGCCGGCUACAAGCCCUUCGUUUGUGACAUUUGUGGAAAAGGGUUCCAUCAAAAGGGGAACUACAAAAAUCACAGAUUAACGCAUACCGGAGAGAAACCUUUUAAGUGUCACGUUUGUGGAAAGGCUUUCCAUCAAGUGUACAAUUUGACAUUUCAUAUGCAUACUCAUAAUGAUAAAAAGCCCUUUACCUGCAAGGAGUGCGGAAAGGGUUUCUGUAGGAACUUUGAUCUCAAGAAACACGUACGGAAACUGCACGAAAGCAAGACGCAGGUUACAGAAUAAGAACAACAAAAAAUAUUAAUUGUAUCGAAAGUGGUAAAUUACCCCAACGAACUAUAAGACAUAUUUGUAAUUUAAAACCUCGUUUACUGCAUUGAAUAUUACAGAUACCCAUAACAAACUUGUACAUUUUAACAGAAAAUUUGUAUUGCCUUUAUAUAAAUAAUAUAGAUUCACUUAUACUAUAAUCAUUUCGGCGAAUGUAAAUAUCGAGGUAUAUAACGGCUAGAUAUGGCACGUGCUAACACAAUGACCACUCUUAAAGAUUUUGUAAGGAAAACAAUGACCAAGGCAUUAAGUAAAAACUCGUUGAGAUUUAGCGACAAGCUAACUUAUUUUUCACGAGCGCUUCAAGCGAAUUUGCCUCGAUGUAUGUAUAGAAGAAAUAUGAAGUUAAUAAACUCAAUUGAAUGUAAGUUA